UUGGCACCUUUGAAAAACGUCAACAAAUUGACUGUUGAUUGUUCUUGUUGGCAUACUGGUACGGCAAAAAAUUUAUAAAAGCAACAUUUAUUUUAGGAAAAAUUACAGAACUAAUACAUUCCGCAUUGAUUCUAACCGUGAGAUAAAAAAGUGACGUGUACUUUCGGAAGUUGUUUUAAACGUCAAAUGUUUCCAAACAACUAACAUUGCGAAGGAAAUUGAUAAGUAAAAUUUAUUUCUUCGUUAUAUUCCAAUUAUAAUAGAGUGAUGAGUGUUCGAAAACGCCAAGAUCAACGUUCGGAUCAGGUUCCACUAGUAGCCCCUGGUAAUAAAUAUGAACAUGACGACAAGCAUGAAGCUAGUGACCUGCGCGGGGAUUGGGGCAACAUAGCAAUAUUGUUUUUCCUGUACCUAUUGCAGGGUAUUCCCAUAGGACUAGCCGCUGCAAUCCCAAUGCUCCUACAAAACCGCGGCGCUAGCUACAAACAGCAGGCGGAGUUUAGUUUCGCUCAUUGGCCAUUCAGUAUGAAACUACUUUGGGCUCCAAUUGUCGAUUCGCUUUACUGUAAUCGCUUCGGACGUCGUAAAUCGUGGCUAAUCCCAACCCAAUAUUUGAUCGGCAUUUUUAUGCUUAUUCUCUCUGUGCAUGUAAAUCGAUGGUUGGGAAGUGCUGCCGAAGAUGGAGCACUAGUUCCAAAUAUACCUAUAUUGGCAGGGAUAUUUUUUGCCCUGAAUUUUCUUGCCGCCACUCAAGAUAUCGCAGUGGAUGGCUGGGCCCUAACGAUGCUGAAACGAUGUAACGUUGGUCAUGCUUCCACUUGUAAUAGCGUAGGACAAACGGCCGGUUAUUUUCUGGGUUAUGUAGCAUUCAUGGCCCUAGAGUCAGCAGAAUUUUGUAACAGUUAUUUGCGAACAGAACCUUCCGACGAUGGAUUAGUCACACUUCCUGGAUUUUUGUGGUUCUGGGGUCUAGUAUUUCUAGUUACAACAACACUAGUGGCAUUAUUAAAACGAGAAUAUCUGCCUAGUAUUGAUCGCGGGCACGACGAACAUUUGGUGUUGAAUAUAAAAGAAACCUACACUUUACUUCUCAACAUCGUGAAAAUGAAGCCCAUAUUAAUUUUGACUGCGAUUCUGCUAACGGUAAAAAUUGGGUUCUCCGCUUGCGAUGCUGUUACUUCGCUUAAGCUGAUUGAUGCUGGCGUUCCAAAAGACAAACUGGCUCUUCUGGUGGUUCCACUAGUUCCAUUACAAAUAAUUCUACCACUGGUGAUUAGCAAGUAUACCACUGGACCACGACCAAUGGAGGUCUAUCUAAAAGCUAUUCCAUAUCGAAUCGGUCUGACGCUGAUCGCAGCUGCUGUUGUCUGGUUUACACCGGCAUUGAUACAAAACAACCACGUUCCUUACUAUUAUUACCUUAUACUAUUAGCCAAUUAUGGUCUUUAUCAAAUAGCUCUCUAUAGUAUGUUUGUGGCUGUUAUGGCAUUUUUUGCAAGAAUCAGUGAUCCUGCCGUAGGUGGUACAUAUAUGACAUUGCUAAAUACAUUAAGCAAUCUUGGUGGUAACUGGCCGACUACGGUUGUUCUAUGGAUGGUCGAUGUAUUGACAUGGAAGCAAUGUUCUAACGCUGCUGAUAAUAGUUGUUCGGAUAUUGCACAGCAAGAGGUUUGCAGUGAAGGGAGAGGUAAAUGUAAUAUCCUGAUCGAUGGAUAUUAUAUAGAAAUUGCUAUUUGUUUGGUAUACGGAGUUUUGUGGUACCAAUGGGGCAAGCAUAAAAUCCGCUAUCUGCAAAGUUUACCUUUAAGCGCCUGGCGAGUAGUACAAGGACGAAAAGAACAUUCAAGCUAGCAAUUAAUGCAACUUAUUUAAAGAUCCACCGAGAAUGGCAUAAUCGAGUGAUAAAUUAUGUUCGUUUGUUUUAGCGCAAAUUUACUUUAUAUCUAUUCGUUUUGUAAUUUCAAUACGGCACACAUUCGCGCAAUCGAAAGAUUACCCAAAUCGCCACUUAUUUUAGUAGUGCAACAUUUGUACAUUUAUACGACAUUCUGUACUUUUACAACAAUGCGACACGUAGUGUCACAAGAUAUUGAAAUUCCUGUUGUAAUAAGUCAUUCCACCGGAAACGAAGGCAUCUUUGCAAAUAAAUUAUUUUGUCAUGGACAUAGCCUAGCUAUAAAUAAAUGUCUGAUUAGAAAUAAAAACAA